AUGACUCUUCUGACUGAAAACUUUCUCUUUUCAGCAGAAUCAAAGUCAGAAUUCCAUCCCUGGCCCUCCUGCCCUCUCUCCUUUGGCAGUCAGCAGUUCCUCAGCCAACGUGAGCUAUGCACUCAUCCUAGUCGAAGCUCACAUGCAGGAAAUCAACUCCUACCAGGGAGUCCCUACCCAGAUGAUCAUCAGCAGCAGCAACAACAUUCUGAUAAAAAUCACUGGGGGGCUGGAGCAGAAGAGCAAGGAAUAGGAGACUCUAAUCCCUUGUUUUGGAGAACUAGUGAGAAGGGGAAUUCAUUGGUUUUCUCUAGCCCACCACAGGGUGGGACUCCAGUAAGCUCUCAGGGAGGCAACAGGGUGUUGGAGAUACAACACAGUCCAGCCCAGACUGUGAGCUCUGAGUAAACCGACAAAGCUUCUGAGGGGGUAGAAGAAUCAGUCAAGUUUGGGGAGUGUGAAUUUAGCCAGAAGUCAAACCUAUUCAGACACAAGACAGUCACAGGGAAAAAAUCUUACAUAUGCAGGGAGUGUGGACGAAGCUUUAGCCGUAAGUCAGCCCUCAACAGACACCAGAGGACACACUCAGGGAAACCCUUAGGUGUGCAAGGAGUGAGUGUGUGACUUUAGCAAAAAGUCAACCAUCAGCCACACCAGAGGACACAGGGAAGAAGCCUUAUUUGUGAAAUAGUGUAGGCAGGGCUUU